AUGGUUCAUCAACUAGGAUCAGCUGUUGAUGAACCUAAUGGUGUGGAGACUCCAAAUCUUGAUGAUUCCGAUUUGAAUAUUAGUCAAAAUUAUGGUGAUCAAAUUUUUGGAUUAGUCGGAACUGAUUUACAAGAUACUAGUACAUUGAGUACGGAUUUUGAACAAUUAUAUCAGAUGGAACAUUUCAGAGAUGUUUUCUUUCUUGUUGGAUCUGAACAUCAUGAUCAGGAAUUAAUAUCAGCACACAAAUGUGUCCUAGCUGCUCGUUGUCCAUAUUUUCGUAACAUGUUCACUCUCGGAUUUCGUGAGAGUAACAGUUCUGAAGAAAAUCCAAUCAAGAAGCCAAAUGUUCUUCCAAAUGUGUUCAAGGAAGUUUUGAGAUUUAUUUAUUGUGGAAAAGUACAAAUUUCAGCUGCAAAUGUUGUACCUCUGAUUGAUGCAGCAGGAGAGCUUGAAUUACCUCUUUUAAAGAAAUUAUGUUUGAGAUUUAUUGAAGUAAUAAUUAUUUACAGUGUGGCAUUAGAUCAUGUGGAUGAAUGUUUUGAAAAUGAUACUUUCCUCACUCUACUUUCUGAGGAUUCAUUAAUUGAAGUUCUUCAAUCGGAUUAUUUAAAUUUAAAGGAAGAAUAUUUAUUUGAAAAGGUAGUUUCUUGGGGUAUGAUCAGGAUUGACCGAAAAGAUUCUACAUUAUCUGUGAGAGAUAUCAUUAAGAAUGUAGUCGACUUUAUCAGAUUCCCACUCAUUAAACCUGAAUAUUUAUUGAAUUCUGUGGAACCUUUGGAUAUUGUUCCUCACGAAUUACUUUUUGAGGCUUACAAAUAUUAUAGUACCAAUGAAACAAGUUUUGUCAAGAAUAGGAGAGCAGUAUUGAGAGGAGAUGAAGGAAGAAUUAAUCCAAAUAGAAAGGGAAUUUAUGUAGUUCAAGUAUUCAAACAAAAUGCUCAUGCCCACUAUCGUUGGAGAAUUCCAAACUAUUCUAAAAUUAGUAAGAAACAUGUUAGCUCUCCAUUAAUUCAAAUUGGUGGACAUACAUGGAAAGUAGUUCUCUAUCCUUUGGGAGAUUCAUUCAAUACUCAUAUAAGUGUAUUUUUGAGUCUGGUCAUUGAGAAUAAUAAUCAAUCGAGUGCCUAUUGUGACUUUACCCUCAGAGUGGUCAACCAGAAAGACAUGCAAAAUCUAUCAGUAGAACACGAAUGUUUCAAUGAACACUUUCAAAAAGAUAGUGCCAGUUUAGGUAGGCAACAAUUACUCGCUCUAGAAAGAUUAAAUGACCCCCAGAGUGGAUUCCUUGUAGAUAACACAUUGUAUAUUGAUGUAAUUAUAAAAAUGUUGUAA